AUGUCAACGCCUGCGCAGGUGCUUCAAGACGUGGAUUUUGACAAACGUCUUGCUGAUAUAAAAGCGCGUCUUCCUGAUACGUUGAAACUAGCUCAGAAUGGUUCAUUGGCCAAGCGAAACCAGAUUAAACGCAAACUUUAUCACGAUAGUGAGCUCAUUCGCAUUGAGCUAGAGGAGCGUAUGAAUGUGCUUGGUAUUGAAAGCCAAUGGAUGACAGCAAUGGAAAUGAAACAAGCAAAUAUACAGCUUGAUAUCAUACGUAAAGAGCUAAAGCUGGAUGUAUUACCGGAUAGUUCAUCGCUCUUUGAAAAGUUAUACAUGGUCAUUCGAAUGCUUACGAUGGUGUUAGUCCUUGUGGGCUGGUUAAGUUAUGUGAUAGUACUCAUACCAUUAAAGUUAUUUACUCCAGUGCUUAAGCAAAUGGGUGUUAAGACGAAUUAUCUUCCAAUGGAUAUUGUUUCUUGGGGUACAGCAGCAAUGGUUUGUGUCACAGCCUGUACAGACGUUAAAGUCGAAGGAAGAGAACACUUGUUCAAUUUAAAAGACUCGGUGGUCUGUAUGUUUAGCCACUCGUCAAACCUUGAUGGGUUCAUUGUAAACGGAUCAUCACCUAUCGCGUUCAAGUUUGCGGCAAAGAAAAGUCUCUUUUUAAUACCGUUUCUAGGCUGGUCGUCCCGCUGGGGUUUUGACUUUGUCGCCAUUGAUCGGUCUCGUCGCUCGUCAGCGCUAAAGAGUCUUAAAGAGUUGGCAGUGUCGGUGAACGAACGUGGCAACUCUGUCUGCAUCUCCCCUGAGGGUACACGCUCGAGGGACGGCCUGCUACAAGAGUUCAAGAAAGGGCCAUUUUAUCUACGCGAGGAUACAAAGAAGAAUGUGUUGCCGUCCAUUGUGUUUGGCGCGUACGAGCUGUGGCCGCCUGGACGCCUAUUUAGCAUCCCCGGACAUACGUUGGUGCGCUACUUGCCAGAGUUCAAGCCGGAUCCAAACUUGAACCGAAACCAGAACCGUCUCGCACUGCGUCGCAUCUACCUCAAGGCCUUCACAGAGGAUGUUCCAGACUACAUUGGCACUCGCGUUGGCACCAACUUUAUCCUGAAGAACAUGUUCUAUCACUACCUUGCGUGGUCAAUCACGUUCAAAGUGACGUCGUGGGCUUUUACGGCAAUUGGUCUUGUCUGUUUCUAUUUGAACAUCACGUACGGCACGUUCAUGCUCUUCUCGCUGGUAAUGAUGGUCGGGGGUGAAGCCCUCAUGUUCUUCACCUGCUAA